AUGGCGGGCGAUGAUAGUCAAGCUCAAACGAAGAAGGGAAGCGCGAAGAACACUAAGAACAGUAAAGAGAGCACUCUCAAGCAAAAAUCUCCAGCUGAGUUUUUCGCGGAGAAUAAGAACAUUGCUGGAUUUGAUAAUCCAGGGAAGUCGCUUUACACUACAGUGAGAGAGCUUGUUGAAAACGCUCUUGAUUCUGCUGAGUCGAUUUCAGAGCUCCCUGAGAUUGAAGUAACAAUCGAAGAGAUUGGAAAAUCUAAGUUUAAUGCCAUGAUUGGUCUUAUCGACCGGGAACGUGUUGACACGCAGCUGUAUGAUGACUACGAGACAGAGAAGGCCCGUGAGAAAAGGUUAGUAAAGGAAGCUCGUGCCAGUGAGAUACAAGCUAAAAAUUUGGCGUCGGGUAAGAAAAACAAAGAGCCUGGAGUCUCAAAGGUUUUAAAGGCUCGUGGGGAAGCAAACUAUUACAAGGUUACAUGUAGGGAUAAUGGUAAGGGGAUGCCACACGAUGACAUUCCUAAUAUGUUUGGAAGAGUUUUGUCUGGGACGAAGUAUGGACUGAAGCAAACACGUGGAAAGUUUGGUUUGGGUGCAAAGAUGGCCUUAAUUUGGUCCAAAAUGAGUACAGGCCUCCCCAUAGAGAUCACUUCAUCUAUGAAGAGCCAAAACUAUGUUACGUUCUGCAGACUGGAUAUUGAUAUUCACAGGAACAUUCCUCAUAUUCAUCUACACGAAAAGAAGGCCAACAAAGAGAAAUGGCAUGGGGCCGAAAUACAUGUGGUAAUUGAGGGAAACUGGACAACAUACAGAUCAAAGAUCUUACACUAUAUGCGCCAAAUGGCUGUUAUUACUCCUUAUGCGCAGUUUGUGUUUAGAUUUAUAUCAGAAACACCUGAGAAAAAUGUCACUAUAAAAUUUACUCGAAGAACUGAUGUGAUGCCUCCAAUUCCUGUCGAGACAAAGCACCAUCCUUCGUCUGUUGACUUGCUGCUUAUCAAGCGACUUAUUACAGACACUUCCAAGAAGACCCUUCUGCAGUUUGUUCAGAAUGAAUUUGUGAAUAUUAACAAAAACCUUGCAACGCGAUUAAUUGGGGAAAUGGGACCCGAUUUCAGCCCUAGCAUGGCUGUCAAAACUGUGACAUCUCAGCAAAUGGUACGCAUACAUCAGUUGUUCCGCCAAGCUAAAUUCGACGAUCCUAGUGGUGAUUGCCUUAGCCCGGCAGGAGAAUACAAUCUUCGUCUAGGGAUUAUCAAGGAGCUGCAUCCAGAUAUGGUUGCAACGCAUUCAGGCAGUGCUCAGGUCUUUGAAGGUCAUCCAUUCAUUGUUGAAGCUGGUGUUAGUGUGGGAGGAAGAGAUGUGAAACAGGGGAUCAACAUAUUCCGUUUUGCAAACCGUAUUCCUCUCCUGUUUGAACAAGGAGGUGAUGUAGUCACCAGGACAGCCUUAAAGAGAAUCAAUUGGAGUAGCUAUAAGAUUAACCAGACACAGGACAAAAUAGGAGUAUUUGUGAGCAUAGUGAGUACAAAAAUUCCUUUCAAAGGCACAGGGAAAGAGUACAUAGGAGAUGACAUCAGUGAGAUAGCUACUGCAGUCAAGUCUGCUAUUCAACAAUGUUGCAUCCAACUGAAAUCCAAAAUAGUCAAGAGACUGCAAGCUCGCGAACAACAAGAGCGAAAACGCAGUUUGACCAGAUACAUCCCGGAUGCAACGGGAGCAGUGUUCGAUGUUCUUAAACAAAUGACAGAAGACCAUACAACAGAGCGAAAACGUUACAGAGAGGAAGACAUAAACAUGCUUGAUAAAGUGUCAAAACUUGUAAUCACAAAGGAAACGUUGAAAGAAAAGCUUGCUGAGCAUGUGGAACAGGUGGAUUACGAGAUGGCAUUAGAGUAUGCAACACAGAGUGGAAGAAGAGAAAGUCACACACCUUUUUCACAUAUCUCGUCCAUUUCUAUUGGGGCUUACUUCUUUUCUCAAAGGUUUGGAUCGGUUUCGAUGAUGUUUAACGAGAUGGGAAUGUGUGGGAACAUGGACUUCUUCCCAUCCGGGUCUCUCGGCGAAGUCGACUUCUGCCCGGCGCCGCAAACCGAACCGGACUCGAUCGUGGAGGACGACUACACCGACGACGAGAUCGACGUGGACGAGCUCGAGAGGAGGAUGUGGAGAGACAAAAUGCGGCUGAAGCGUCUCAAGGAGCAGGACAAGGGGAAAGAAGGCGUCGACGCCGCGAAGCAGAGGCAGUCCCAGGAGCAGGCGAGGAGGAAGAAGAUGUCCAGAGCGCAAGACGGGAUCUUGAAGUACAUGCUGAAGAUGAUGGAAGUCUGCAAAGCUCAGGGCUUUGUCUACGGGAUCAUCCCGGAGAACGGGAAACCGGUCACCGGCGCUUCUGACAACCUCCGUGAGUGGUGGAAAGAUAAAGUCCGGUUCGACCGGAAUGGUCCCGCCGCGAUAACCAAGUACCAAGCCGAGAACAACAUCCCCGGGAUUCACGAAGGGAACAAUCCGAUUGGACCGACUCCACAUACUCUGCAAGAGCUUCAAGACACGACUUUAGGGUCGCUUCUCUCGGCGUUGAUGCAGCACUGUGAUCCUCCUCAGAGGAGGUUCCCGUUGGAGAAAGGUGUGCCUCCUCCGUGGUGGCCUAACGGGAAAGAAGACUGGUGGCCGCAACUUGGUUUACCUAAAGAUCAAGGCCCUGCUCCUUACAAGAAGCCUCAUGACUUGAAGAAGGCGUGGAAAGUUGGAGUUUUGACUGCUGUGAUCAAGCAUAUGUUUCCUGACAUUGCUAAGAUCCGGAAGCUGGUGAGGCAGAGUAAGUGCUUGCAGGAUAAGAUGACUGCGAAGGAGAGUGCGACGUGGCUUGCUAUUAUUAACCAGGAGGAGUCUUUGGCUAGAGAGCUUUACCCUGAGUCUUGUCCUCCGAUUUCUUUGUCUGGCGGUGGAAGUUGCUCGCUUCUGAUGAAUGAUUGUAGUCAGUAUGAUGUUGAAGGUUCGGAAGUGGAAGAGGUUAAGCCUUUGUCAAACUUUGGGAUGUCUGCUGGUAAAGUUGUCAAGGAGGAAGUUCCAAUGGGGAACUCGGAGUUCAUGAGGAAGAGGAAACCGAACAGAGAGGUCAACAGUGUGAUGGACAGAACAGCAGUGUUCACUUGUGAGAAUCUUGUGUGUGCGCAUAGUGACAUUAGUAGAGGGUUUCUUGAUAGGAACGCGAGAGACAAUCAUCAGUUGGUUUGUCCACAUCGUGAGAGUUGCUUACCGUAUGGAGCAGGAGGAGGAGUGUCCAGGUACCAUGUUAAUGAAGUGAAGCCUGUUGUUGGUGGUUUUGCUCAGCCAAGGCCUGUGAACUCUGUGGUCCAACCGAUUGACUUAACCGGAAUUGGAGUGCCUGAAGAUGGACAGAAGAUGAUCUCUGAGCUUAUGUCAAUGUACGACAGAAACGUCCAGGGAAGCCAAGCUUCUAUGGUUAUGGAGACUCUUCAGCCGCCAACGGUGCAGAAUCAUCAUCAAGAACAUCUCCAGUUCCAAGGAAACAUGGUGGAAGGAAGUUUCUUCGAGGACCUGAACAUCCCUAACAGAGGCAACAACAACGUGAACAACAGCAAUCAAACGUUCUUCCAAGGGAGCAACAGCAAUGGGUUUAAGUUCGAGGCUCCUCACCACAACAGCAACAACAACUUUGAAGGUGCAAAUAUCAACAACAAUAACAGCAACAGGUUCCAACUUGUGUUUGAUUCUACACCGUUCGAUAUGGCGUCAUUCGAUUACAGAGAUGAUAUGACAAUUCCAGGAGUAAUGGGAACGAUGGAUGGUAUUCAGCAGAAGCAGCAGGAUGUAUCCAUUUGGUUCUAA